CGGACGCCAGUCGCUUGGGAUGGGGUGCCGUCUGGCAGCGCAGGGCUGCUCGGGGCAGCUGGUCUCUGCGGGACCACGCUGUCCACAUCAACGUCCUGGAGCUGCGUGCGGUUCACCUGGCUCUCCGGCACUUUUACCCUUUCCUACGGGGAAGGCACGUGCUGGUGCGUUCAGACAACGCUGCCGCCGUGUACCACAUCAACCACCAGGGGGGCACGAGGUCUGCUCAUCUCUUGGAGGCCUCCCGCCGUCUUCUUGUGUGGGCGGCCCCUCGUCUUGCGAGUCUGCGGGCCGCCUAUCUUCCCGGCCAGUUGAACCGUCUGGCGGACUCCUUGUCCCGCCGUCGCCUCCAGCCGGGGGAGUGGCGCCUCCAUCCCGAGGUGGUGCGCGCGAUUUGGGGAGUUUUCGGCCAAGCCGAGGUGGACCUCUUCGCCUCCCGGGAGUCGGCCCAUUGCCCUCUCUGGUUUUCCCUGGGGGAGCGCUCCAGCCCUCUCGGUCAGGACGCGCUGGCCCACCCCUGGCCGAGGGUCCUGCUCUACGCCUUCCCGCCGCUCCCUCUGAUCUGGCUGACGCUUCGGAGGGUGUCUUUGGAGGGGCACUCAUUGCUGCUGGUGGCCCCCUUCUGGCCGGCUCGCCUAUGGUUUCCCCUGCUGCGCAGCCUGUGUGUCGGCGAGCCUUGGUGCCUCCCCGAGAGGCGGGAUCUACUGUCCCAGUUGGGGGGCCAGUUAUGGCAUCCCGAUCCUCGCCGUCUCCGCCUGCACGUCUGGCCGCUGAGGGGACCGACUCGCUGUUUGACGCCUGCUCGAGUUCAGUCAGGCGGACACUUUUGAACGCCCGGGCGCCCUCCACCCGGCUGCAGUACGCUGGCCGGUGGAGGUUGUUCGUGAAGUGGUGCGGGGACCGUGGGGAUGACCCGGUGAGUUGUUCUGUCCCCACUGUUCUGGACUUCUUACAGUCCCUCCUUGAUAUUGGUCGCUCUCCGUCCACCCUCAAGGUCUACGUCGCUGCCAUCUCUGCUCAUCACGCCAAGGUCUCUGGUGGAUCUGUGGGGAACCACGGCCUGGUCGCUACAUUCCUCAAGGGGGCUCUGAGGCUCCACCCCCGCAGGUGUCCUCGCGCCCCGGUCUGGGAUCUGCAGCUGGUGCUUGACAGCUUGUGCCGCCCCCCCUUCGAGCCUAUGGAUGCGGCCGGGCCUCAGUGGGUCGCCCGCAAGGCGGCGUUCCUGCUGGCCGUUGCCUCUGCUAAGCGGGUUGGCGAACUGCACGCACUCUCGGUGUUGGCUGGCUCCCGUUGCAAUCGUCCCUUACGCCUUGCUCGUUACCGCCCCCCGCCUGGGGAGGGUGGGGGCAGACAGGAGCUGUUGUGCCCGGUGAGGGCCCUGAGGCUUUAUGUGGACUCCACGGCAAGUUUUCGUAGGUCGUCCCAACUUUUUGUCUGCUACGGGGCACGUGGUCGGGGCUCUGCCCUCUCCAAGCAGCGCCUCUCUCAUUGGGUCGUUGAUACUAUUUCUUACUCCUAUCAGAUGGCUUGUCGCCCCCUGCCGUCGGGUGUGCGCUGUCACUCUACCAGGGGCGUGGCCACAUCCUGGGCUGCCCUGAAAGGGGUGCCUCUGGAGGACAUCUGUGCCGCCGCCUCAUGGUCGGCGCCUGGCACCUUCUUCAGGUUCUACUGUUUGGACGUCACCUCUCCCCACCCGCUGGGUGCGGUCUUCGGAUCGGAGGGGACUUCCCUAUGAGGUUUGUGUCUGUUUCUUCGUGACCCCGCUGGUAUUGGUCAUUCAGUGCUUUCAGCACCGCCUCUGGCGGUUAGCAGGGAUGAAAUAGAACGAAAGUUACGUAUGUAACUACGGUUCUAUGAAUCCCGAAUGACCGCCAGAGCGUUCCGUCACUCAGAAUCCUCGUGCCACACGCGAGAAGGUUCUGUAGGGGCUGGUACGAGGUUGACGCCGGAACUUAUACCCCGGCAGGAGGUCAACCUGGGGUCACAGGUGACUUUUUUGGUAUUAAUACUCGCACUGCGCAUGCGCGAA